AGUAGGACUUUUCAGACCAAGAGGACCAAGGAGCAGAGAAAAAACUCCAGAGUUGGUAAAGGGAAGUGUUGCUGGAUUCCAUGCACUGUAAAGAUGGGGAAACUGUUCACACCAGCGCUGCUGCUACUUCUAUGGCAGGGUGUUUGGAGUUUGGACAUUCCUCUGGAAAUCAGACAGCCUCCGACCAUCAUAAAGCAGUCUCUGAAGGAGCACAUUGUUGACGCUAGAGACACCAUGGUCAUUGAAUGUGAAGCCAAAGGAAACCCCCAUCCCAUUUUCUCAUGGAGGCGGAAUGGGAAGUACUUCAACAUAGCACGUGACCCUCAAGCGUCGAUGCGAAGGCGCUCAGGGACGCUGGACAUUUACGCCUGGAACGAUCCAGAACAGUAUGAAGCAGAGUUCCAGUGCAUUGCUUCCAAUGAGUAUGGAUCUGCAUACUCCAACAAGAUCAUGCUACAACUAUAUAGAGCUCCUGUGUGGCCGAGGGAGAUUCUUGAGCCUGUGGUGGUAAGCGAAGGCCUGCCUUUAGUCCUGUCAUGCGACCCUCCACCUGGCCCACCUAAACCUGAAACCUACUGGAUGUCUAGCUGCUCUUAUGCAAGACCUUUCAACUGGCCCAUUCAGACGGCUUUCCCCACCAUGCAGCCUGUGCGGCCGGACCGCAGGGUGUCCAUGGGAGUGAAUGGAGACCUGUACUUCUCAAACGUCUUGUACAAUGACUCAGCUCAUGAUUACUGCUGUAACGCUCGAUUACCUUACAAGAAUGUCAUCCAGCAGAAGAUGCCUGUGGUUGUAAAAGUCAUUACCACUCGUACUGUGGCCGAAGCUGCCCCCACCUGGCUGUCUCCCAAAGGCUCGUCCAGCUCCAUCCAGGUCCUGCAGGGGGAGGAACUGCUGAUAGAGUGUGUUGCUGCUGGAGUGCCGACUCCUCGUAUCACAUGGACCAAAGAUGGGGACGACCUUCCAGUAAUGCCACGCAUGAAAGUAAAAAACUUCAACAAGAUGAUUCAAAUCCCAAAGGCAGCUUUUGAAGAUAUGGGUGAAUACGCCUGCACUGCUGCCAAUAAGAUUGGAUACAUCAUGCACACGAUAACUGUCAGGGUCAAAGCGGCUCCUUUCUGGUUGGAGAAGCCCACUGAUUUAGUUUUGGCGCCGGAGGAAAAUGGGCAAUUGGUGUGUCGUUCUGAUGGAGUUCCUCGUCCCACAAUCAGCUGGUUCAUCAACGGGGAACCAAUUGAAACUGCUACACCACAGCCAAACAGACAAGUGUCGGGAGACACGCUGACUUUACGUGGUGUGACUGCUGCAAACAAUGCUGUCUACCAGUGCAAUGCUUCCAACCAGUUUGGGUACUUGUAUGCCAAUGCUUUUGUCAACGUGCUACAUGCAACGCCUCGCAUUAUCGGGCCCAGAAAUGAACUCAUCAAGGUGGUAGAGGGCAGUCAUACCUUCUUAGACUGCCGCUUCUUUGGAUCUCCAGUGCCGGACUUACGAUGGUCCAAAUAUGGGCAGGGGAAUCUUGAAGGAAAUCGUUUUAAGACCUACGAUAACGGGACCCUAGAGAUCAGACGUAUACGGAUAGAGGACCAGGGGACUUACCUGUGUGUUGUCAGCAAUCUGGCAGGAAGAGAUGAGAGUCAAGUCCGGAUAGAGGUCAAAGAGCCGACUUUAAUUGUGACUAAACCCCAGAGUAUGAAAGUCAUCAGAGGAACAGAUGUGCGCUUCGACUGUGGUGUACAGGCUGAUGCAACUACUCCUGUCACAACCACCUGGAUGAAAGACAAAAGGACAGUAGCGUAUGGCUGGAGGAUCUCUUUAGAUGAAUCAAAUCUGGUCAUUACGAAUGUAAACCGAGGUGACGAGGGAAAUUACACCUGUAUCAUCAAGAGUGACCUGGACCAGAAGUCUGCCUCAGCACGCCUAAUGGUGAUGGACCGUCCUGAACCUCCCACUAACUUGGAGUUGACAGAUCCGUAUGAACGCAGUGUUAGACUCAAUUGGGUUUCUGGUGCCAGCAACCACAACCCGAUUACAGAGUACUUAAUACAAUACGACGAUGAUGACUGGUUGCCUGGAAAGUGGAGGAACCUUUCAACGUACCCGGGGAAUCUCAACUCUGUCGUUCUGCAUCUUAAUCCUUUCACCUACUAUGAGUUCAGGGUCAUCGCCAUCAAUGAAAUUGGAAUGAGUCGCCCAAGUCGUGCAUCGAAGCGCUUCCAGAGCAGCGGUGCACCCCCAGAUGUCAUCCCAAAGAACCUAAAGGGUGUAGGUACAUGGAGGAAUAACAUGGAGAUCAGCUGGGAGCCUCUGACCUACAGAGAGUGGAACGGGCCUCACCUGAAGUAUCUAGUGUGGUGGAGAAGGAGAGAUUCUCGGGAGGAGUGGAAGAAUGCAACCACUAAAUGGCUGAAGUACUACAUCUAUGAUGCAGAUACCUUCACUCCUUAUGAUCUCAAAAUUCAGGCUGUCAAUGACUUUGGGCUGGGUCCAGAGUCGCCUGUUGUCACUGGUUACUCUGGAGAGGACCGUCCUGUGACUGCACCACUAAACCUGAGAGUGUCUGAAAUUGAGAGCACUCAGGUGACCGCACACUGGGACCCGGUGCCAAGAAGCUCCAUGAUGGGAGAACUAAAGGAAUACAAGGUGUAUUACUGGCGAGACAGCAGCCUGCUGAGGUGGCAUAGGGUCAAUAGAGCCAUGAAGUCGAAAUCAUUUGAAGAGGAGGGUCCAGAGCCUUCAGGUGUCGUCACGGGGCUCAUACCCUAUAGCAACUACAGGAUGUAUAUAGUGGUGACAAACAAUCGCUUUGAAGGUCCGCCCAGUAAUUAUAUACACUUCUCAACACCCGAAGGAGUUCCAUCUGUUCCCAAAUCCUUCAGAAUCCAGCAGCGGCAUCUGGACAGUAUAUAUGUCGACUGGGAGCUGCCAGCUGAACCCAAUGGUAUUCUGACAGGAUAUUCCCUCAAGUAUCAGACAGUGAACGCCACCAGAGGAGAGGAGCUGCGAGUGGAGGAGUUGCCUCCUAAUGUUACAAGUUUCUCAGUCCGGCGAUACGACCGCUACACUCGAUACAGAUUCUCAGUGGCUGCUCGGACUCGGCUUGGGUUAGGGGAGUGGCAUACAGACGAGUCACCUCACUACACCACUGAAACGUAUGCUACAGACCAGGUGGACAUCACCACUCAGGGCUGGUUCAUCGGGAUAAUGUGUGCUGUGGCGCUUAUUGUACUCAUACUCCUCAUAGUGUGCUUCAUCAAGAGGAGCCGAGGGGGGAAAUACCCAGUUCGAGACAAGAAAGACAUCUCACUGGAGCCGGUGGAUGACAAAGAUCAGGAGGGAUCAUUUGACUACCGGUCUCUUGAAAGGAUAGCACGGGUCUCCACUUUGCCCUAUCCUCGACGAGAGGAGGAGAGAGGGCUGCAAAGAGGCCAGACGUCUAUCGAGUCGAUUAUGAAGCGCUCAGACAGUGACGACAGCCUGGUGGACUACGGCGAAGGAGGAGAGAUACAGUUUAACGAGGACGGCUCGUUCAUCGGCCAGUACACAGGAACCAGGAGAGAUAUCAGGGAGGUGGACUUUGGUGUUGGAAGUCUGGAGCUCCACUCACCAAUGAAUACCAUCUACUCCCUGGCAUGAAACUCAAAACUAUAAACCGCCUUCCUUAUUUCAAUUCAACUUUUUGUCAUGUGACUCUCCAAGCUUUGGCCCUUGAACUCCAGCAAUGAGAACAUGUGGUUCAUCUGCAGGAGGGAAGGGCUGGUGUCUGAGAUGCAGGCAGGGCAACAUUUGUGCAUUAAAAGGAGCGUAACGGAGGAGUAGUAAGGACGGCUCUAAGUGCUUAUUCAUCUGAUGAAAAGCAAGCUUUACUUUGUGUUUUUAUCGCAUUUCCUGUAAAUAAAAAAGGCUGUGCAUGAUCAGCUAUCAAAGGAUAGAAGGUGCACAUAAGAGAGAAGUGGAUCAGUUUAUCAUGUUGAUAAAAGUGACUGUGAGGACCAGUUAACCACUUUUAUGUCAUCUUUUUCUUUAAGCUUAAUUCUUUAAUGACAUAUGUUCUGUUUUUCUAUGUUGGCUGUGCAACAUAUAGGCUGCAUGGGGUCCGUCUAUCUAGUGUCCCCUGAACUUCAACUGCCUCCUCUCUGCAUUAUACACUGGUGUUGAAAGUGCAGUUAGAUAAUAUAAAAGUGUUGUUUGUGAUAGAUAAGGAUGAUAAAAUAUCUCCAGGGAUUUACUGUCACUGUCUUAGUCGGCUUGGAAAUAUGCUCUGAUGAGAGGCAGGAGGUCAAAGGAAACAGCUAGCAGGUAUAAACCAGAUUUUUUUCUUUCAUUUUCUCCACCUUCUUUGCCUUAACUAUCUUCCCUUUAGUACUAUCCCCCUUUUCCUUUUACUCACCAUAGAGAUGAAAUAAGAAUAACUAAUCUUGAUAUCAUCUGUGUACUGCAGUUAUUUUUAAAUGUAAAUAAAGUGGAGACAUUUAUUUCUAAUACGGUUAA